CAGAGAGCAGGAUGUGCGCGCUGCAUCCCACGCUGCCGACCUUUCAGUCUCGCAGGGCUACCUUUCCCACCGAACAGCCCAGGCUUUCUGCUCAGAGCCACAUUUGCAGACUAUCUUAAGGAACCCCAGGCGGAGGACGCCUGCCGGAGCUCUGCUGAAGGGGGAGACAGACAGAGACGGAGAAAGAAAAGUUUUUCAAACUCUCCAUGCAGUGUGCUAUGUUCUUCCAUUCAUUCCCAAAGCUGCAGAAGCAUUCCAUUCGGGAAAGGGAGCCUGCAGUGAGCAGCACCGGUGAGAAGACGCCUGGGCGAGCAGAUUAAUUCAUUUUCUGCAUUUUCUAUGAGAGGACAGUAGUAGAGGCCAGUAGGGCAUUGAGAAGGCCCAGAGAUGAGUGCCAACAGCAGCAGCUCAGCGGGCCAGCUCCUGUGGCAGGGGCCGGUGUGUAUCAGCUGGAAGCCGGAUAUGGAAGGAGCUGUCUACCACCUGGCCAGCUGCAUCUUGCUCCUGGGCUUCAUGGCGGGCAGUGGGGUGUAUGGCUGCUUCUACCUUUUUGGCUUCCUGGGCACUGGCUACCUAUGCUGUGUGCUGUGGGGCUGGUUUCAUGCCUGUGGCCUGGACAUUCUCCUUUGGAGCUUCCUGCUGGCAGUGGUCUGCCUGCUCCAGCUGGCGCACCUGGUCUACCGCCUGCGUGAGGACACCCUCCCUGAGGAGUUCAACCUCUUGUACAAGACGCUGUGGCUGCCCCUGCAGGUGCCCCUGCAGACAUACAAGGAGAUUGUUCACUGCUGUGAGGAGCAAGUGUUGACACUGGCCAUGGAGCAGACCUAUGCCGUGGAGGGUGAGACACCCAUCAACCGCCUGUCCCUGCUGCUCUCGGGCCGGGUCCGUGUGAGCCAGGACGGGCAGUUUCUGCACUACAUCUUUCCGUACCAGUUCAUGGACUCUCCUGAGUGGGAAUCGCUGCAGCCCUCGGAGGAGGGGGUGUUCCAGGUCACCCUCACAGCUGAGACGGAGUGCAGCUACGUUUCCUGGCCCCGGAAAAGUCUCCACCUUCUUCUGAACAAGGAGCGGUACAUCGCGCGCCUCUUCUCAGCCCUGCUGGGCUAUGACAUCUCAGAGAAGCUCUACACUCUCAACGACAAGCUCUUUGCCAAGUUCGGGCUACGCUUUGACAUCCGCCUGCCCAGUCUCUACCACGUCCUGGGUCCCACUACCCCAGACGCAGAGCCAGGAUCUGAGAAGGAGGAGGAGGAAGCCCACAUGCCAGCCGUGUCUCCUCAAGCCGUGGCCACCGCUGCCCAGCAGAUGCCCCCUUGUUCUCCCCCUCCAGCUGCCACCAACCUUCCUGCACCUCCGUCCCGGGCCAGGAUGUCCAGGCCCGACAGCGGCCUCCUGGCUUCUAGAACUCCUCUCCAGAGCCACUCUCAAGUUAUGUCCCGAGGACAGGCCCCCUUGGCUCCAACCCACACUCCUGAACUUUAAGGAUCAGUGGGCCACCCUUCUCCCCGUGGCCAGCCCACCUCCCCGCCGUGUUCACAGGACGGCCCCUCGUGCGCACCCCCUUCCCCUCACCCACCGGAAGCAGGCUCACUAGCAAGGUGGAAGCAGACACAGAAGGGGCCAGCACCACAGCUACGCAGAAGGCCCUGCGUGGCUUUGGGAAAUGCACUGUCCUGAGCCCUCUUUCUGAGAGAGGCAGCCAGAGCACAAAAGUGUCCGCGCCUUACCAGCUGCAAUUGUUGAGCGUGUACAGCGGGGGUUACAGAAGCCACCUCACUGGGUUAUUGUGAGCAUCAGAUGAACUGAUUUAAAUAAAGCACCUGCAACCCAGCAUGGCACCCAGAAAGCACCCAAUGAGCCACUCAGCUCCUGGCCGAAUGUCGUUUUCUUGAAUUGUGCGAAAGGAUCCAUGGAGUCAGCUCUCUGGGAACUUGUCACUCGUGGUUAAUGUUAUUUUUCCAGUCCUAUUCAGUGUAUGGAAGUAGAAAUUUAAAAACCUUGCUUUCCCUCAGGCUUUUACAUUCAGCUUACCAAUCACUUGUUCUGUUUAUAAGCCUACUAUUAAACUAUUUUUUAGAAAGUCUUUUUUUAAGAUUUCUUUAUUUAUUUGAAAGUCAGAGUUAUAUAGAGGAGAGGCAGAGAGGGAGGUCUUCCAUCCACUGGUUCACUCCCCAACUGAUCGCAGCGCCUGGAGCUGUGCCAAUUUGAAGCCAGGAGCCAGGAGCUUCCUCCAGGUCUCCCACGUGGGUGUAGGGGCCCAAGCACUUGGGUCAUCUUCUACUGCUAUCCCAGGCCAUAGCAGGGAGCUGGAUCAGAAGUAGAACAGCUGGGUCUCAAACUGGUGCUCAUAUGGGAUGCUGGCACUGCAGGCAGCGGCUUUACCUGCUACGCCACAGUGCUGGCUCCUAGAAAGAGUUUUUUUUACAAAUGCAGUUAAUUGAGUUUCCUUAAACAUUUAAUAUAUAUAUAAUGUAUUCUCUUUUCUUUUUUCCAUGAAUACUUGAACAUAUAUUCUAUUUAUCUGUUGCUGUAUAAUACCUAUCCCUAAACCAUCACUUAGUGGAAUAUCUUGCUCAUGACUGGGAGAUGUGUCUGGAUUCAGCAGAGUGGUUCUUACUCAGGAUUUUUUAUGCCAAUGCCGUCAGAGUUGCUGGGCCUAGAAGCCUCUCAGAGGUGUCCCCACUCACCAGCCUGGAGCCUAGACAGGCAGCAGCUCAACAGCUGAGAGCUGGGACAGUGCUGGCUCGCUUGCGCGCUCUCUCUCUCUCUUCCCUAUUCAUUUUUGUUGCUCUAUAGCACUCUGUUGUAUCAUUAUACCAAAGCUUACUUACCCAUUCUACUCUUGAUGUGCAUUUGGGCUUAACUUAAGGCAGUUUCCGACGUGCUGCUGCGAACAUUCUUGUACAUACGUUUGGGUGUACAUAUGUGCACAUUUCCUGGGUGUAUCCCUAGGCAUUGGGUGUUCAGCAUGGUAACACAAAGAUUUCCUAGGUGGUUGUUCCAGUUUCCAUUCCCACUAGUUGCAUAUGAGAGAUUCCAGCAACUUCUCAUCCUCCCCAGUAGUUGGCAUUGCCAUGUUUUCCCAUGUUAGCCAUUUGGGCAUAUACAGCAGCAUAUCGUUGUGGUUUUAACUUUCAUUUCCCUGAGAAAUAAUAAAGUUGAGUGCCUUUGCCUUCACCA